AUCCGCUGUGUUGUGGGCCGCCGCGUGAGGCACUUCCCCGAAGACGAGGUUAAGAUGAAACAGUCCACAGGACGGGACAAUAUCUACGGAUCAAGAAACAAGAGAGACACGGACAGUUAUAACUGCAUCACUGGAAUACGUGGUUGACGCGUUUUGUGCUAUUCCCAGGGAUCGCCAGAAAUCCUUCCCGACGAGCGUCCUCUUUCUUCCACCACCGCGCUAUCCUCUCUUUUCCGUUUUAUUUGUCUUCUCAGCGCGUCACUGGCUUUUCUCGCCGCGAUUCUCCCAUGUCGUCCGCGACCCCCCUAACGAUCAUGGUCACCGAUCAAUCCCCUGAAUGGACUUUUUUCCCCAGCAGCGAAGGGAGCUCGAAUACGACAUGGCAGUCUGCUUGGACGGGCACGCCAGACAGCGCGUACGAUCCGAGACACAAGGCCAACAACAUUCCGUCGGGCUCUAGCUCGCAUGUGACCACCUUCUCCGGCGCCUCCGCCCAGAUUGAGUUCGUCGGGACCAGGGUAUCUGUCUUUGGUCAGGGGACUGCAGGCGCGUAUACCACCACUCUCGACGAUGGAGCUCCCGUCGCCGGGGCACCUUCCGGCUCUGUUCUGGCGACCUACAAGGACCUGGACGCGCAUGCCAAGCACACGUUGCUACUCAAGGCGAAUGGAACACAACCGUUGGCUCUGAGUUAUGCGUCCAUCGACCUCUGGUCAGAUGUCGGAUCUGCAUCUGUAGUGAAUACAACCCAGGUAGCAGUGAGCAUUCAGGGUGAUGGAUCUGCGCAGACCAAUUCGUUCUACUCGACUUCUGGAUCGGGAUUCAGUAACCAGCACAAUCAGGACCAGGGAGGGUACACUCGACUGGACACCAAUGCCGCAGGGGCGUACAUCUCGUUCACAUGCACAAACAGCUCCGCUGUCUUUAUCUACGGAACAACAAAUUAUAACCAUGGGAACUUGAGUGUGGAAAUAAACCCAGCAGUGGGGUCGUCGUCGGGUCCCAGGGUUCUCAGCGGCACGUCUAAAUGGUUUGUUUUGGACAACCUGAUAUACUGGGAAAGCGGCCUGAAUCCUUCGACGUCAUAUCGUGUAACCCUGACUAAUCUGAACGACGGCAAUUAUUCUGACAUCCACAGUGUUGUAUUGAUGAAUGUACAGAACACGAGCUCGACUUCGAGUGUAUCCGUUUCCCCGUCCUCCACUUCAUCAUCAUUUCGGACAUCUCCAUCUGCCAUACAACCUCAGCACGUCGACAGGCAUGACGGCAAGAUUGCUGGAAUCACUGUGGGCGCCGUACUAGGUGCAAUCGCGCUGUUGCUUGCUGCUUUCGUUUGUCUUCGAAGAAGAUACAGAAGAAAGCCGCGACUUCGGUCAACGACGUCUUCAGACGGGUUGGUUAUAACCCCGUAUAAACACACACCUCAAAACUCCAUGACGCUGGGUCACCUGCGGAAUUCCAGCGUCCAACAGGCCAAUUUCAAUGAGCUGGGUUACGGCAGCUACUCGCCGACGGCCACGAGUUCUAUGCAGGAUUCCAGGGGAGGCAUGUAUUCCGGUGUCAAUUACUCUCAGGUGCCGCUCUCAGACGACUUUAAUCCAUAUGCCGAUGUGCCCCCGAGCCCGAGGCUGGCUGUCGGGGGCGGCCACUCGCUGCCCAGUCGCAAAUCGGGUCUAUUACCUAAUACGGGAUCGUCUUCAUCGUCCCGGUCUCCAGCACGACAGGAAGUCGAUGCCGGGCGGUUCGAGGAGACACUGCCACCUAAUUAUGACCCAUCGUGGGCGGCUGCAUGACGCGACCGUAUCGGGGCGGUCAAGGACUCUAUUGCACAAUAUGUACAAUCUUUUCUUCAAUAUAUACAAGAUAACGAAACGAAUGUGGGCGCCAGCGGGCGGACAGGCGGACGGCCGAAUCUAAUGGGGGAAGUGUCCAGAUUUGUCGAUGUCGACGCUCUGGCGCUCCGCAUCGAAUGUGAUCUUCUGCUGAUGGGUGUGGUGGGGUGGCGGGUCGUGGUGGAGGUGCGUUUCCGUGACUUUGUACAUCUCCACGCCCUGCGUUGUCUCGCGGUGUCGUCCCCCGCUGAUCGUGCGCGAGUUCGGACCUGAUCGCAGGCGAUCGGUGACAGAAUCGUCCGUGCCCCGGGGACUCUGGAUGCUGAGAAUCAGGUGCUGAGCCGCUAUUAACGGCGAAUAUCAUCCAAUCAGUCCUUGGGUCGAUGCAGCUCCUGUGACAAACACCCUGGAAAACUCCAGAACGACCCAGCUGUCGAUGGGUUAUCAGAACACUGUGAUCGUAUACAAUAGCCCAUUGCGUAGCACACGCCGGACGAAUCGAGAAGCAUUGCUGGAGGGUCACAGGUCAGCAAGCCUGCGCAAGGAAGGCAGGGUUGGACACCGACAAUUGUCCGUUGACUAGGGCCGAGCUCCACAGGAAAUAUGUCCCCACCGCACACACGAUGAGAUCGUAACCCAUCUGGGUGCUGUAGAAUACAACAUUCCAGUCUGGGUCGCCCUUGUGGAAGACUUUGCCUUUGCAUCUGGCCAAGUGUUCAGUCUCGUGGUUGAGAGCGCAAGGAAACGAACACUCACGCGCCCUAGAUAAGUUCAGCAGAGACGGAGAAGAGACAGAUCGGACAGUCUUACCC